AUGGAAUCGAGAGAGGACGGAGGGAGGGAGAAGUGGGCAAGGAAGGCAGAAUUCAUCCUGUCCUGCCUCGGCUAUUGCAUCGGGCUCAGCAACAUCUGGCGAUUUCCCUACCUCUGCUACCGACAUGGAGGAGGUGCAUUUCUGGUCCCGUAUUUUCUCAUGCUGUUCGUCGCCGGGAUUCCUCUGUUCUUCAUGGAGGUCGGCCUGGCGCAGUUCACCAGCGCCGGAGUUCUCGGCAUUUAUUCCAUGUGCCCACUCUUGAAGGCCUAUUACAACAUCAUCAUCGCCUACUCACUUUUCUACCUGGGAUCAUCCUUCCAGAGUCACUUGCCCUGGGCGGACUGCUCGCACGAAUGGAAUUCAGAGCAGUGCGUUGAUUUCAUGAACGUGACUUUGAAUGGUGAGGGCUGCAAUGCAACUGCCAUGGAUUGCCAUCUUCCUUCAGCUCAGGAGAAACAGAAUGCUAAAGUCCCGGCUGACGAGUUCUUCCACAACCACAUGUUAGAGAUCAGCUCUGGGAUCGAAGAGCCAGGGCGUCUCGUGUGGAAGCUGGCGUUAUGUGCCGCUAUAUCAUGGAUCAUCAUCUUCGCUUGUCUCUCCAAAGGCAUCAAGACCAUGGGGAAAGUGUGGGGGGAUGCAGCAGUGCAGAUCUUCUUCUCCUUGGGACCGGGCUGGGGAGGAUUCGUCACCAUGGCCAGCUUCAAUCCAUUCCGCAACAACAUCAGAUGGGAAUGUGCCAUCAUCCCCCUGAUGAACUGCCUUACAAGCCUGUUUGCUGGCUUCGUCGUCUUCUCAGUGUUGGGCUUCAUGUCUCUUCAAACCGGGAAACCCGUGUCUGAAGUGGCGACUGCAGGCAAGUCAAUAUCUCUUCCACUUCGCUUUUACCCGCUCCAAAUCCGAGCCGAGGAAGAGAAGGUAAUUGUAAGAGCCUCACCUUUUCAGAGACCCAAUUUGGCCUUCGUCACGUACCCGCAAGCGAUCGCAUUGAUGCCUGGAGCACCCGCAUGGGCCGUUCUCUUCUUCUUCAUGCUCUUCACCCUCGGAGUCGACAGUGAAUUCGUGCAAGUGGAGACGUUCAUAGCAGGCGUGGCCGACGAAUACCCGAGCCUGAAAAAGCACAAAACUCUAGUGACUGCCUUGACCUGUCUCGUUCUUUUCGGGGCUUCCUUGUCCUGCGUCACACAGGGAGGGAUGUACGUCCUUCAGCUGCUGGACUGGUACGCAGGAACCAUCCCUAUCAUACUUGUUUGUUUCAUCGAAGUAGCUAUGGUUGCUUGGAUCUAUGGCAAGUCCUUAGUCCCUUGGAUUCUUGGGGGAGCUCGGAGGUUCACUCGGGAUCUGGAGUUCAUGCUUGGGAGUAGAAUUUGGAAGAUCAUCCCCUUUUUCUGGAGUGUUCUCACUCCACUUGCGUUAGUGGCCGUGUUCGUCACAGUGGCGUUGUCAAGCAUCAGAGUGACCUACGGUGACUACGUAUACCCGGAUUGGGCAGUUGGAUUGGGCUGGUUGUCAGCCUCUGUUUCCAUGGCUUGCAUUCCCGUCUACAUCAUCUAUAAAAUGUCCCCUUCUCCCGGAUCUCUCUUGCAGGUGGGAUCUCCGAGAGGGCUUCAGAGGGGCGGGUACAGAGGUGCCUAUCCCCAUCCCCUUCAUAUGGACCCAGGGAGGUGA